AGAAUUUUACAAGACUAGGCAAGAACAAUGGGAACGUGCACAUCUCUGGAAAGCCACAGCAGCGGUGAGGUGAGAAUCAAACACUCUCUGAAUAAGAAUGAAGAGGCGUUUGUAGUCAAAAGAAGAAAAACUGUUCUAAAAAGCCUGCAGAAACUCAAGAUACACUGCAGUAAGGAUGCGGUGCCAAACAUUGCAUUACUGGGUUCUGGAGGAGGACAAAGAGCCAUGGUGGGUUUGCUGGGAUCCCUGGUUCAGCUUGAUAAAGCGGGUCUUCUGGACUGCAUCCUUUAUCUGAGCGGAGUCUCUGGAUCCACCUGGUACGAACCCUGAGAAACA